CCCAACAAAGUGUAGAGGAAGCCCAAUCCGAGGAAGUCUGCCCAAGAGCUGCAAGGGUUGGACCCAGAGAGGGAGGAGAAUGGGACCAUUGAAGGAGAAGCUCCAGAGCCUGCAGUGCCAUUUCACCUGGACCUUUGAGGUCAGGGACAAGGUGGAUGCGGAACACAACCUUCAGACGUUACGUCUCCGGCUGGAACACACCUCAUUCCCUAAUCGGGGUGCCUACCUAGCCCUGAAGGCCUACCUGCACCACCUCCAAGCGGACAACAGUGAAGCAUUGGAGAGCCUUCAAGAAGCGGAGGAGGCUCUCCGGGAGGACCACCCCACCAACUUCUCCCGCCAGGCCCUAGUGACCUAUGGCAACUUUGCCUGGAUUUAUUACCACUUGACCAACUACGAGAAGGUGGAGCUCUACCUGGAGAAGAUCCAUGAGACUUGCCAAGCUCUCUCCAGCCCCGAGCCCUACUCUGUUGCAAUCCCUGAAAUCCAUGCCCAGAAAGGGUGGUCCCUGCUGGCUUGGGGCUUCCGGAAUGGACUGGAGGCCCAGGAGUGUUUCCAGUUGGCCCUGAGAGGAGAUGGGUCCAAUGGGGAAUACCAGGCAGGUCUGGCAUACUCUGCCUAUGCCUUGUGGUGCCACACUAUGAAUGCAGAACUCAACAAAGAAGCACAAAGAUUGUUGGAAGAGGUUCUUGAUCACCAGCCUCAAAAUGCUGAAGCCAAAGUGUAUUUGGCCAACGUAAUCAAGAGAAAAGACAGAGCGAGAGCAGAGAGCUUGGUGGAGGAUGUGGCCCAGAACAGCCUCAACCCAGAGGUCCUGAGAAAUGCUGCCAAAAUAUGUGUGCAUUUGCCUCUAUCCCUAUCCCAGGCAAUUGCAGUUCUGAAGAAAGCCAUAGCCCUGAGUCCUAACUUCCACCUGCUUUACUAUGACCUUGGUGUCUGCUACAAGAAUCAGAUGAAGAAGGCAUCACGGGAAGAAAAAGAAGAGCUUGUAGCAGCAGCCAUUGAGAACUUCAAGCAGGCUUUGGAAAAGGAUCCUUUUUCUGUGUUCUCCCAGCUGGAGUUGGCCAAAUUGUAUGGAGAAAAGUCCUUGGCUGAUGAGGAAGAGAUUUACCAGAACCUGAUGGAGGAUCUCCCCAACCACAGCCAACGAUGCCAGCAGGCCAUCUACUUGCACUGGGGGGACUUCCUGCUCCACAAGAAAAGAAACAAAGAGGGGGCCCUGGAGAUGUACACAAAGGGCUUCCAGAUUUCAGGCGGCCAUGGCAAGGAACAGGCUCAGCUGAAGAGCCGCCUCCUGAAUCUAGCAACGUUGUUCCAGGAAGAGUCUGAAACACUGCAAGCCAACCGGAUCCAUGAAAUGGUUGGGCUUCCGCAUGAAGAAAGAUUUCAGUCAAGAUUUGGAAGAAUUCAAAAAUCUCAAGAAUGAGCCGGAGUUGUGGAUUAGUCCUACCACUUCCAGAGAAAUUGGAGAAGUCUUCAUCUGGAGCAGAGAUCUCAAUCCUACCUAUGAUACUAGUGGAGGAUCCAUCAUUGCUUGCUUUUUUCUGUAGAAGACCUCUUUGUCAACCACGGAAAGGACUUCCUUGGAAGAUGGUGGCCUUUUAGAGGGACCACCACCAUGGAUCCUUACCCUGCUAGCAAAGUUGGACUAGAUGGGUUGUCAUGUUCCUUCCAUCUCUUUGACCUUCCCAAUGCCACCCAUGCCCCAUUGUAGUUGAUGUUGACUCUCAAGUCCCACUCCCUGCUUCCCUCACCGGUUGCAAUGCCUUGUCUGUGUGGCUAAGCCAAGGACAAUCCUUUGUUGAUACAAGAGGAGUAUUUGAAGCAAGAUCUGGAGGCCAGGCCAGUUAGUGUCCAUGCAGAGAAUGGUGUAGGAUGGAAGAGAGUCCCCAUCUUCUCCUUGGCCUCAGGCAGCAAAAUAGCUUCGGAUAGCCUCCAUAGGAAACGCUCUUUGUGCAACAAGUGUCAGGCGCAUGAAUCCUAUUGCUUAUGUGUUCUGUGUUUUGGUCUUUCUCCUGUUUGAUUAAUGUGUAUUUUACAGAAAUGCUCUGAUACAUAUCUUUUAUGGAACUGCAUUUUAUAGUAUUUGUGUGUUUUUGAGUUUGCUGUGACCCACCUUGAGCUAUAUUGAGAGGCGGGUAAGAAAUAAUAAUAAUAAUAAUAAUAAUAAUAAUAAUAAUAAUAGUUGUUGUUGUUACGUGCUUGGUUGUAAUAGUUGUACAUAUUUAAACUGCAUGCAUUGAUUUGCUUUGCGUGUCGAUGUUUUCUGCCGUGACCUAUUUCUCAUCCCUAACAGUGUCCACUGUGUGAUUAACAACUCUGCUAUCUUAAAUAAAGUUUAUUUGCUUUGAGAACUU